GUAUAAAAUGACCUGCGCUCCAUCUCUAUUGAUAUUUAGGUUCUCCAUUCUUUCCUUCCUUCUAUACCAAUUGAAAAUAUUAUAUAUUCUCAAGCAUCAUAUACAUACAUCAUCAGUUAAUCAUUUCCAGUCUGCAAAAGUAUCUCUCUCGACAAUGGAGACAGUGGAAUUGAAGGUGGAGAUGGUUGGCAUACAUGAGAAGCGACUUAGAAAAUGCCUUUCAAAAUUAAGAGGGAUAGAAAAGGUUGAAGUAGACGCAUACAGUCAGAAGGUGGUGGUAACAACAGCCGCAGGAUAUCUGCACAGAAACAAAUUACUGAAAGCGAUCAAGAGAGGAGGACUGAAAGCCGAUUUCUGGUCUCCACAAAACGAGCUCCUCUCUGCUUACGCCAGCGCCAGUUAUGGAAGCUUGAUCAGAUUCAACAACUUCAACUUCUAGAAUUUACAACUUCCCCUUUCUCUUCUUAACUUCCUUUUCUUUUUCUCUUUAUUGCAAGUUAAGAAAAGGAGUGCCUAUAUAUAAAUAUGGGUGAUACAUUAUAGAUAUAGAUCGAGUGAGUGAGACAUUAUAUUUAGGUUAGUGCUAUUUUACACAAAAAAUUUAGCUCUCACUCAAUUUAUGUCAUUUGAUCUUAUUCAAUUUAUUUGAUUUGAGAGUUGAAAAUUAAAAAAUGUGUGUGGAUAGCAUUACCUAUAUUUAUGAAUUCAAAAAUUAAUUAUAAUAUAUAGCUUUUUUCUUCAACUCAAUUUCAUUAACAGCGAGCACGAUUAUAAAAAUCCCCUGACGGUAAGCAAGUCGAAACAAGGAAAAAGUAAUAAGCUACAACUUUUGGGCACGAUAAUAAAUUAAGAAAACCAAAAGCAACAUCCAUCUGUAUUUAGCCGCA